AUGCACACCCUCCACCUCGUCUACCCGCCUUCGCGCCUAGCUGGGCACGACGCCAAGUUAGAGUCAGUCAUUCUACCGCUAAAGUUUGUCAACGCAGGAGCUAAAAGACAUAGCAUCAUCGCCGUCCACGGCCUCGAUCCCCAAAAUAGAGACGACACGGCACAUGCUUGGGACACAUGGCGAACCCCGUCAGGGCCAACUGGUCGGCUCUGGCUACGCGACGACCUUCCGGGGCAGAUCCCACCCGCCCGAAUCUUCGUCUACGAAUACAACUCUACAGCCGCGUACGAGACCUCGUGGGCAGCAUUCAUCGACCAGGCACAGGGCCUUCUCAUAGCCGUGCACGUCGAGCGGAUAGGCGUGCCUAUAUCACGACCCAUUAUAUUCUUAGGGCAUGGCAUGGGGGGCUUGUUAAUCAAGCAAGCGCUGAUUAACGCGAGGAGCGACGCCUGGUACCAAGACAUCAAGGAUGCUACACACGGCCUGUGUUUCUUUGCGACACCUCACGACGGCAACGGGCACGCAAUGGUUCGUCUUGGGAGGAGCCUGGCGAAGCUGGCGGGUUACAAUGUGACAGCAGCAUUGAAAGCCGGGGGCAUGUUCGCCGAGGCAAUCGCGGGAGAGUGGCGUCAUCAACCCGGACACUAUGAUUGUGUAUCAUUCUGGGGGAGUAUGGAUGAAGUUGUUCCAAGAGAGUCUGCACAGAUCGGGCGGGCAAGCGAUCGCGAAGCCAUUGUCAUGUUGAAAGCGACUCAUGAUAAUGUGUGCAAGUUUGGAUAUUCCGAAGACGACCAAGAUAUUCUAAAAGCUGUCCAAAGUAGCCUCCAAGGUCUCUGUCAACGGUCUCUGGAGAAAGGCGAGUCUCCCGUUAGGCUUGCGAAUGAUAUUGCACCAACACCAUUGCAAGGUCGCACUUGCAACGUUGAGACAACAAUGCCACAAGAAGACCUCUACCUCCCUCCACCUAAAAACAAGUCUUUCACGGGGCGAGAGAACAUCCUGACGGAACUUCAAAACAAGUUCUUUGUUCAGGCUCAAUGUUCAAGAAUUGCCAUCUCGGGGCUUGGCGGGGUUGGGAAAACCGAGGUUGCCCUGCAGUUGGCCCAUUGGGUUCGAGAAACCCGGCCUGAAGUCUCCGUCUUCUGGGUAUGCGCAGCUUCAAGCAACACCAGCUUUAAGCAUGUGUUCGAAGAAAUCGCUGAGCAACUGUCGAUUCCGCUGAACAACGAUACAGGGGACCUAAAUCGAACCAUGCAACAUCAUCUUUCGGCAAGUUGGUUGAAUCAGCAUGACACAGAAGGGAGGCCUGAAGUGGAUAAUCUACGUCUUGCUACGGAGUGUGACCUUGCUAGGGCCUACCUUCAAAACAAGCAACGCAAGGAAGCAAUCGAGACCCUCGACGGCAUUAUCCGUGUUCAAAGAGAGAUCGUACCGGCUGAGAAUCAGGACUGGCUUUUAUCAGAGCACGAAAUUGCAAGAGGUUAUCUUGAUAAUGAGCAGAUACGAGAGGGUCUUGAGGUCCUCGAAUGCGUUGUCAAGCUUCAAAGACUGAAGAUGCCGGCUGUGGAUUACGACUGGAUUUCACCAGAGUAUGAUCCUCGUGGCGCUUUUUAUGACUGGCAAUUGAAAGAGAAAAUUGAGCUCGUAAAACACCGCAGACGGGUUUCAACAGAAUUCCGGCCGCUUUAUGAUCACGCUUGGCUUCCAUCGAGGCAUGAAUAUGCUUGUCUCUAUUUUGAUAACGUGCCAAUUAAAGAGGCAAUUGAGAUCCUUGAACGUGCCGUCUGGUUUCGAACAGACAUCCUGCUGGCUGAGGAUCGCGCCCGGCUUUUAUCGGAGGAUGAACUUGCUCGCUCCCGUAUUGAUAUCCAUAACCCACGAAUCAAAGAGGAACUUGUGAUCCUUGAAGGCUUUGUCCGGGCUCAAAGAGAUGUCCUGCCAGCUGAGGACCACAACCGGCUUUCAUCGGAGUAUGUACUUGCUCGUGCCUAUGUUAAUAACGGGCGAACCAAAGAGGCAAUUGAGAUCCUUGAAGGCAUCGUUCGGAUUGAAAGAGACACCCUGCCAGACGACGAUUGCGACCGGCUCUGUUCACAACAGGCACUUGGCCAUGCCUACAUAGAAGAUGGGUCGUUUGAAGACGCUGUAUUGAUACUUCAAGAUGUUGUUCAUAUACAGAAGAAUACUCGUCCACCUGAUGAUCCGUCUCGAGUUAAUUCCGAAAAGGCCCUGAGAGUGGCUCUGGAGAAAUCUCGCGGUAUAUCUCGCAUGAAUGAUGAGAAUAGCUUGGAUUAUAAUCUAGAAUGA